AUGGCUGAGUUUGUCCGUGCUGAGAUCUUGGGUACGAAAUUCGAAUACACUACGAGGCAUCCCAUUGGUAUGGGGUCUUUUGGCCUCGUCUGCUCGGCCUUCGAUCAGAUAACCCAGCAGCCAGUUGCAUUGAAGAAAAUUAUGAAGCCUUUUGACAGCUCGUCUCUGGCUAAGCGUACAUAUCGGGAAAUCAGGCUACUGAAGUAUCUUCGGCAUGAGAACCUCAUUUGUCUGCGCGAUAUUUUCAUAUCUCCUUCGGAGGACAUCUACAUAGCUACAGAACUUCUAGGGACUGACCUCGGACGCCUUUUGAGCCUCAAACCUCUUGACAGCAAAUUCGCACAGUACUUCAUCUACCAGAUCUUACGAGGCCUGAAAUACAUCCAUUCCGCUAAUGUGAUUCACCGUGACCUGAAACCAACCAACAUUCUCAUCAACGAAAACUGCGAUUUGAAGAUAUGCGAUUUCGGUCUCGCCCGGCAGCAGGAGCCCCAGAUGACCGGCUACGUUGCAACGAGAUACUACCGCGCCCCGGAAAUCAUGCUAACAUGGCAGAGAUACGGAGUUCAAGUGGACGUUUGGAGUGCCGGCUGUAUCCUCGCUGAGAUGCUACGGGGUAAGCCGCUUUUUCCUGGGAAAGACCACGUUCAUCAGUUCCACCUCAUCACAAACAUCCUUGGAAAUCCUCCUGAUGCGGUGAUUGAGAAGAUCACCAGUAAGAACACCGUGAACUUUGUGAGAUCUUUGCCGUCACGAGAGCCUCGAGACUUGUCGACUGUCGUCCCGAAAGAUACUGAUUUCGAUGCCAUUGACCUUCUCAAGAAGAUGCUGGUUAUUGAUCCCGACACAAGAAUCUCCGCCCAAGACGCUCUGAGACAUCCCUACUUGGCUCCGUAUCAUGACCCUACCGACGAGCCUGUAGCUUCAGGGCCUUUCGAUUGGUCAUUCGACAGCGCAGACCUCCCGAAAGAGACCUGGAAGAUUAUGAUAUAUUCCGAGGUUCUUGACUAUCUCAACGUCGACAACCCAGCCGACCCAACCGCGUUUGAUCCAUCUACACCCUUUGAUCCUAGUGCUCUUGAGCGGGAGUUUUCAGAAUUUCUCAGUGAUUCAGGCCAAAUCUAA